AUGUACAAUGAGGAAUCGUUUGAGUCCAAAUUUACAGAUAAAAUAUUCGGUGGUAUAUUCGUCUCAGUUAGCCUUGUUAUAAUCGGUCUCUGGAUUUACGUGAUAGCAUUAUCAGAUUUAGAAAUACUUUUCAGCAACUACGACUGUAAUGGCAACGUUUGUGGUAGUGAAAAGAAUCUGAAGCCACUUUUGUUUAUGAAAUUCAACGUUUCUAAGUAUAAAUGUCCGGACCGUUUCAUAAACUCUUCGAAACAGCUUUCAAAUUUUAUAAACUCAACAGGUGUAUUCUUGUGUGACCCAAGGGUUCCCCCUCUGCUUUAUGAAUCUCAACCGCGUAUUUUAAAUGUAUCAUUAUGUCCAACAUUACCAUUAUAUCCAACUAUACCAAUUGGUGGUGUAUGUAUACCAGUCAAUUUUAUAAAUCAUAGCAAUUUUGCAAAUUUUCAAUAUAAUGCUGAUUCAGAAUUCACUUUAUCGUUAUAUCAAAUAAUAAUAUGUGGUUUAAUGGGAUCAGUUCUUAGCCUUUUGGUAAUUGGUGCUGUACGUUUUGUGCCAGUUGGAUUUUGUACAUAUAUAUUUGGUUAUACAAUAUCUGCUUAUUCAUUACUGAUGAUUUUUUUAAUUGUUCGUCUAUGGAUUCAUAUUAUGAGUUUGAAUUAUGCAUAUUGGUGGAAAAAUGAUGUAUUCAAUCAAAGUCAUUUAUUAAGUCAUGUAACAUUUACAAUUAUCCUAUGCAUUUGUUUAUUUAUUUUAAUAUGCAUCAUUUGUUUAAAUUCAUCAUUGAGAAAUUCAACAAGUCAAUGGCAAAGUACAAUACAAUUUAUUGUUGAAGCAUUAUUUGUAUUAUUAUCAGAUUGUUUAACUGAAUUAUAUGGAUUCAUAAUCAUUAUAUUAAUCAUAAUAAUGAUAGGAAAUAGUUUAUUAUGCUUUCUAUCUGUAUAUAGUUUAUUACAUAUAUUUGCUAUGGUUGAACCAAUUCGAUUAAAAUUUACUGGAUGUUUGGAUUUUCGACAAAUCGGUUGGAUUCAAUAUGGAUUCUUACCUGUAUAUUUAUUAUAUUGUAUAUGGAUUAUUCGUUUUUAUUCAAGUUUUUGUCAAAUCUUUACAACAAUAUUCAUUUCUAAUUGGAUUCGUUACAGUACAGAUGACACAAUGAGGUCAAAAAGUGAAUUAGCACAUUUAUAG